CCAGACACCGCGGCCAGAGAGAUACAGAGAUUGGAAGCUAUUCCAUGGAAACCGGUUCCCUUCCUUCGAUGAGGGAGGAGGAGAUGAAGGAGACGCUGUCUCUGGCGGUGGAAGCGGAGGAGGAGGAGGAGGAGGAGGAGGUAUGGCCGCGGAAGUGCGGCGGGGUGACGCUCGAGGGAUACGUGGACGGGGCGGACGGCGGAGAGGAGGGAACCGGCGGCGUCGCGAGGACGAAGAGCUUGACGGAUGAGGACCUGGAUGAGCUCAAGGGGUGCCUCGACCUCGGAUUCGGUUUCAGCUACGAGGAGAUCCCCGAGCUCUGCGACACGCUCCCUGCGUUAGAGCUCUGCUACUCCAUGAGCCAGAGGUUCUUGGACGAGCAACAGCAACAGCAGGAUCGCUCCUCCUCUGCCGAGUCCAUGGAUCUGAGCGCGCCGCCUCCUUCUCCUCCCAUCGCCAACUGGAGGAUUUCCGGUCCUGGGGAUGAUCCGGAUGCAGUAAAAGCAAGGCUCAAGUAUUGGGCCCAAGCAGUGGCUUGUACUAUUAAAUUAUGCAGCUGACACAUACAUGGUUCGACUUUUCCCAGUUCUUCAGGAGAUCGAAGAAUUAAUCCAUCGGCUUCUGCUGCCAAGCUUAUGUUUUGACAGAGUGAACCCUCUCCUGAUGUUUCUCUGCUUGGUUUCAUUGCAUGCUGCUAUCAUUUUUCUGGAGAUGGAAGGAAGCUGAGGCAUAGAUGAAGAAGAUAAGAAGUAGAGAAUUGCAAGAAAGAACAUGUCUGAUCUGCAUUCCUGUGGAGUACACAUCUUCCAUUAACAAAAUCCUUUUCAUGUUGGUUGCUUUA